AUGAGCAAUUCGGACGAUGAUUACAGCUACAUUUAUCUCGAUUUUAACGAAAAACUCACUUCUAACAUUUUUGCCAAUAAAAUGUUCCUGCGGAUUGCCAACUUGCACAAGCCUAAUCCUUUGGUCCAAAUCAACGAUUUGGUGUUCAAAGGUUCCUACGACGAGUGUGUGGGCACAAAUUUAUUUUUUGACGAAAUCGAGGACCCCCCUUUGAAGAGCAACAUUUUCGCUAAAGACACCCCAAUCAGGCUCAAACCCCUGAUAAGUCAGACCAAAGUGCUCAAACUGAAGCAAAUCAAGCUCCCCCGCAAGGCCCCCACGGCCAAGCACCGCCAGGCCUGCGUAGUUUUAAACCUAAACCAGGAAUACAACCAAGCGUUGGAGAAACUCGAGCAAGGCAUUCUAAACAUUGACGACAUCGCGCACCGCGAGCCCGAGCCCCCGCUCACCGACCCCUUCACCGACUUGCCCCUGGAGCCGCACGUGCAGCCCCCCACGGAGCCCGAGACCGAGCUCGCCUCGCUCCUCGACUCGCUCAGCGCAGCCCCCACGUCGGCCCUCGAGGCCAAGUACGAGCGGCUCAAACGUUUAGCGCGGCGCCCCGCCAAGCGCAUGAAAUCGCCCGAACUGCUCCAAGACUGCGCCCCCGAGUUUCGCAACGCCUUCGAGUACCACAACCUGGAGCGGCAGGUGUGCCAAAGCAGCGACGCCUUCCGCUCGGUCUGGGGCCCCAUCGUGGCCGGGGGCUGGGUGGGGGGCGUCGACGUCACGCGCUGCGUGCUCCAGGGGCUCAUCCCGGCCGACGUGGACCGGGCGAAGGACGAGCAAAGGAAAAUCUUCACGAUUGAUAAUUUCGAGAAUUUGUCGAUUCCUGCGCGGUAUUUGGUGCUGAAAAAGUGCGUGGGGCAGAUUGAGGAGCUGAUCGAGGGCUCGUCCAGUGAGGAGUUGAAGGAGACGGAUGAAAACGGGAGGACGAUUGCGGAUAUUUGUGACGUGUUUAGGAGGCUUGUGGGGGCUUUGGAGCUGGUUAUGGGGCAGGCGGGGGAGUGGGAGGGGGGCAAGGGUACCGAUUUGAGUGAAAGGGGGGACGAAGACUAUGUUAAGUAUAAGUACGAGCCCUCGAAUGAGUUGUUCGAGACCUCACAGUUUUUUAAUUAUGAUGAGUGGACCGAUGAGGAAGAGAAGGGCAUGGAGGGGGACAAGGGGCACGAUUUGGGGCUCUCAGACGAUAGCAUAGAGGAUGAGUCUGACCAAAAUUAAUUUGUUUUUGUAAAUAUUUAAAAAAAUAUAUAGGGUGUUUCACAUAAUUUUGCCUGUAAAAUGCCGCCAACUCGAUUUCUUUUCUAGCUUGUUCACACCUUCAAAACAAAAAAUUACAAUCUAGUUAGUAGAUAAUUAUUUAUAAAAAACAAAAAGUUAUGACAUCAGUCUGACAGCUACUGUCAUGGGUUUCCAAAAACUAAAUAAUUUGAUGUGUAUUAUUUAUAUCUAGUGUUUUCUGAUUUUUGUAUAUUUGGGCCUCGUAAAGUUAUGUAAAACACCCUGUAUAGUAAUAUUUUUGUUGUGCUUAUUUUUUAUACCAUGAAUGACAAUUGCAAUCAUAACCAACUUGAUUAAGAUUUUUUUACUUAUUUUUGCACAAAACCAUAUUUUUUAAGCUUCGUUUGGUUUAAAAUACUGAAAAAAAUCAUAAAACAAUUCUGUUAAUACUAAUAUGUAUUUUUUAUUAUUAUUUAUUAAAAGAGAGUGAAAAAAAUUAUAUAUUAUCUGUGUGAUAAUUCUUUUUACGAUUUUUUUACUUAAAACCACAUUUUUUAAUCUUCGUUUGGUUUAAAAUACUGAAAAAAAUCAUAAAACAAUUGUGUUAAUACUAAUAUGUAUUUUUUAUUAUUAUUUAUUAAAAGGGAGUGAAAAAAAUUAUGUAUUAUCUGUGUGAUAAUUCUUUUUACGAUUUUUUUACUUAAAACCACAUUUUUUAAUCUUCGUUUGGUUUAAAAUACAGAAAAAAAUCAUAAAACAAUUGUGUUAAUGCUAAUAUGUAUUUUUUAUUAUUAUUUAUUAAAGGGGAAUGAAAAAAUUAUGUAUUAUCUGUGUGAUAAUUCUUUUUACGAUUUUUUUACUUAAAACCACAUUUUUUAAUCUUCGUUUGGUUUAAAAUACUGAAAAAAUUCAUAAAACAAUUGUGUUAAUGCUAAUAUGUAUUUUUUAUUAUUAUUUAUUAAAAGGGAGUGAAAAAAUUAUGUAUUAUCUGUGUGAUAAUUCUUUUUACGAUUUUUUCACUUAAAACCACAUUUUUUAAUCUUCGUUUGGUUUAAAAUACUGAAAAAAAUCAUAAAACAAUUGUGUUAAUGCUAAUAUGUAUUUUUUAUUAUUAUUUAUUAAAAGGGAGUGAAAAAAUUAUGUAUUAUCUGUGUGAUAAUUCUUUUUACGAUUUUUUUUUUACUUAAAACCACAUUUUUUAAGCUUCGUUUGGUUUAAAAUACUGGAAAAAAUCAUAAAACAAUUGUGUUAAUACUAAUAUGUAUUUUUUAUUAUUAUUUAUUAAAGGGGAAUGAAAAAAUUAUGUAUUAUCUGUGUGAUAAUUCUUUUUACGAUUUUUUUACUUAAAACCACAUUUUUAAAGCUUCGUUUGGUUUGAAAUACUGGAAAAAAUCAUAAAACAAUUCUGUUAAUACUAAUAUGAAUUUUUUAUUAUUAUUUAUUAAAAGAGAGUGAAAAAAAUUAUAUAUUAUCUGUGUGAUAAUUCUUUUUACGAUUUUUUUACUUAAAACCACAUUUUUUAAUCUUCGUUUGGUUUAAAAUACUGAAAAAAAUCAUAAAACAAUUCUGUUAAUACUAAUAUGUAUUUUUUAUUAUUAUUUAUUAAAAGGGAGUGAAAAAAAUUAUGUAUUAUCUGUGUGAUAAUUCUUUUUACGAUUUUUUUUUACUUAAAACCACAUUUUUUAAUCUUCGUUUGGUUUAAAAUACUGAAAAAAAUCAUAAAAUAAUUCUGUUAAUACUAAUAUGUAUUUUUUAUUAUUAUUUAUUAAAAGGGAGUGAAAAAAUUAUGUAUUAUCUGUGUGAUAAUUCUUUUUACGAUUUUUUUUUACUUAAAACCACAUUUUUUAAUCUUCGUUUGGUUUAAAAUACUGAAAAAAAUCAUAAAACAAUUCUGUUAAUACUAAUAUGUAUUUUUUAUUAUGAUUUAUUAAAAGAGAGUGAAAAAAAUUAUGUAUUAUCUGUGUGAUAAUUCUUUUUACGAUUUUUUUUUUACUUAAAACCACAUUUUUUAAGCUUCGUUUGGUUUAAAAUACUGGAAAAAAUCAUAAAACAAUUGUGUUAAUAUUAAUAUGUAUUUUUUAUUAUUAUUUAUUAAAGGGGAGUGAAAAAAAUUAUGUAUUAUGUGUGUGAUAAUUCUUUUUACGAUUUUUUUACUUAAAACCACUUUUUUAAAGCUUCGUUUGGUUUAAAAUACUGAAAAAAAUCAUAAAACAAUUCUGUUAAUACUAAUAUGUAUUUUUUAUUAUUAUUUAUUAAAAGGGAGUGAAAAAAAUUAUGUAUUAUCUGUGUGAUAAUUCUUUUUACGAUUUUUUUACUUAAAACCACAUUUUUUAAGCUUCGUUUGGUUUAAAAUACUGAAAAAAAUCAUAAAACAAUUGUGUUAAUGCUAAUAUGUAUUUUUUAUUAUUAUUUAUUAAAAGGGAGUGAAAAAAUUAUGUAUUAUCUGUGUGAUAAUUCUUUUUACGAUUUUUUUUUUACUUAAAACCACAUUUUUUAAUCUUCGUUUGGUUUAAAAUACUGAAAAAAAUCAUAAAACAAUUGUGUUAAUACUAAUAUGUAUUUUUUAUUAUGAUUUAUUAAAAGAGAGUGAAAAAAAUUAUGUAUUAUCUGUGUGAUAAUUCUUUUUACGAUUUUUUUACUUAAAACCACAUUUUUUAAGCUUCGUUUGGUUUAAAAUACUGAAAAAAUCAUAAAACAAUUGUGUUAAUGCUAAUAUGUAUUUUUUAUUAUUAUUUAUUAAAAGGGAGUGAAAAAAUUAUGUAUUAUCUGUGUGAUAAUUCUUUUUACGAUUUUUUUUACUUAAAACCACAUUUUUUAAUCUUCGUUUGGUUUAAAAUACUGAAAAAAAUCAUAAAACAAUUGUGUUAAUACUAAUAUGUAUUUUUUAUUAUUAUUUAUUAAAAGGGAGUGAAAAAAUUAUGUUUUAUCUGUGUGAUAAUUCUUUUUACGAUUUUUUUUUACUUAAAACCACAUUUUUUAAGCUUCGUUUGGUUUAAAAUACUGAAAAAAAUCAUAAAACAAUUCUGUUAAUACUAAUAUGUAUUUUUUAUUAUUAUUUAUUAAAGGGGAGUGAAAAAAAAUAUGUAUUAUCUGUGUGAUAAUUCUUUUUACGAUUUUUUUUUUACUUAAAACCACAUUUUUUUUGCUUCGUUUGGUUUAAAAUACUGGAUAAUUCUUUAUUAGUUUCUGAAAUAAAACAAAAUAGUGUAUUACGUAACGAGUGUGGAAAGUGAGUGAUAUUGUGCGAGUGAGAGUCUUGAUGCACGAGGCGCGAGCCGAGUGCGGAAAGCUCACGAGUUUUAUACAAUAUUUUUCCCACGACCCUUGUUACGGCUAAUGUGUAAACUUGGCUAGUUUGUAAAGAUAGAAUGGAAAUUUAUAUUCGCAUUUUAAUAAUUGUUCCAAGUUAUUUUUUGAUAUUUAUUUAUUAAUGUCAGAAGCCAGGAUGGUUUUACACAAGUCAACAAAUAUACAUAAAAAUAAAUAGGUACAAAAAAUUGUUACACAAAAAUGUCAGAAGGUUGGUAAGUUGUUUAGUUUAUAAACUAGAUAAAACAUCCAUUUCAUAACCUUAUUGGCAUAAAUUAGCCAGCGAGUUGGUUAGUUUGCCAAGUAGCUUAAAUAUAUUUUCAGCAGUUUCACUUUGUAUGUAAAAAAAUAUUUUUUUACUAUUAUAGUUAUAGGAGAAGAAUGUAAAAAAUAUUAGACAAAAUAUAUUAAUUUAUUACAUUUUCUUCAGUUUAAAAAUAUACAAUUAAUGGCUAGUAACAGUAGUAGAUAUCGUUUGGAGUAAGAACCAGUUUUUUUUUUUACUCCUAAUAAUGUAACCUAUUUUAAAAACAUAUAAUACUUAAAAAAAUUCUCUCUAUCAUUGUUUAUUAACGACAAUUAAACUCAAAAAUUCAAAAACACUAACACAACUUUAUUUAGUUGAUAUAAUUUCAAACUUAAAUUAUUCAGAUUAUUAAAAAUAUAAAACCGAUAAAAAAAAUUAACCCAUCAAGAAUAUCUCCAAAAGCACGCGCAAUUGCCGGGCUUUAGAUACAAAUCUUCGAGUACGAGGCGCAAGCCGAGUGCGGAAAGCUCACGAGUUUUAUACAAUAUUUUUCCCACAACUCCAAUGACCCAAAAAAAUAAAUUUUUAUUAAACCGUUUAUUUUUAAAUGAACGUCGGUUAUGUAACUACCUACAAUAAAUAAUUAUUUUUGAUAACAAACAUGUUUGUAACAUGUGAUAAUAAAAAUCUUCAAAUUUUAAUUUUAUUAUUUCAUUAACAAACACAGUUUAUGUUUAAAUCAAGUGGCCCAUCUUCGGCCCCCUUUCUACGAAUUUCAGCUCCGUUGUCAUUUCCUCAGUUGCUAGCAUAACAUACCCGUGUCUCGACAAAACUGUGGAGAGAAAUAUAAAACCGAACAAAAAAAAUAUUUUUUUUUAACCCACCAAGAACAUCGCCAAAAGCACGCGCGAUGUUCAAGCGACUGACGGGCUUUAGACAUAAAUCUUCAAGGGUCAAUCGUCCGCUGACCAAAAUUUUGUUCACGAUUUCUUGGUGGCGAGCUUCGACGGUUGUAUCCCACAACUGAACCGAAUCAACAACGGCUUGUUCAAGCGUUAGAACCGAACCGGUCAAUUCACGAGAUUGAAAUUCGCUCGGCAAAGUUAUAUAGUCGAGGUCUUUAACAAGCGAGGGCUCCACGUCAGCGCUAAUAAGGGGAAAUGUGGAAAAUGCUAAAUUUUGAAUAAGGGUUGACUCACAGUCUGCGACGUUUUCGCGGCGAUUCCAAAAGUUCGUCGACAGCUCGCACUUGUUCGACGCUUCGUUCUCUAAAGUUAGGAAUUUUUUGAUUUGCUCAAAGAAUAUAACGCAUCCAGAGGUCAUCUAAGACAUUAGUUACUAAUUUUUUGUCAAUGACUCCAAGUGAGAUUAGGGGACGAAACGAGAGAAAA